UCUGUUGAAUUCACUUAUUAGGUCUAGCGAGGAUUGGAGAGUAGCUCGAGGGUGAGAGAAGUAGGCUAGCCUACAAGGGCGGUUUGCCAAAUGUGUGAGUGGAGCGCAGCGCGGCAUCUCCCUGCUUCUAUUUCUUGCUCUCUAAGUCUCUGGCAGUCCCAUGGGAAAGCGAUGCAGCUGAUACUGCCGACACUGCCAGGCAACCGCUACAGUAAUAGUUCGUGCUUCAAAGGUCUGGAAACCGCAAGCAUUCAGAAGCAGCCACUAAGGUUAAGCCAGGGUUCAAACAACAGCCAGGUCAAAAAAAGGAAGUGCCACGCAGGCCAGGGGUUAGCAGGAGGAGUCAGUGUUGGUACACAGCCAUGCCUGGCUCUGAAUCCAACCACCGGGAGACCAGAGGAGGCUGUAGACCAGGCUGCCAUCCAUCCCCAGAGACAGCAGGGGAGCAGCUGCCUGAUGCGGGCCAGGUAGAACAGGGGUCCAAUGAACAGGCCGAAGUUGGGGAAGGCCAGGAGAAGCUGGAGGAUGCGGCAGUGUAUGCGGUUAGCCUCCUGGUCCUCCUCCUCCAGGUGCCACAUGGACAUGAAGGGCACCAAGGCCACCAGAGGAGUGUAGGCCACCACGGAGGGUACCAGCACGGCCAAUAUGUUCUUCAGAGCUCUCCUCUUCAGGUUCAUGCUGCCUCCAGACCCAGAGCCCUCCCCAGGCCUGCUCUGGCACAGCACCCACACAAUGCCCACCAGACACAUCAGCAUGAUCAGGAACAGGACUGAAGUGGUGAGGGCCAAAUACAGAACCAUGGAGAACACCCCCUGGAAGUAGGCCAGCAGCAUCACCACCAGGGUGAGGAGCCAGGCCAGGGCACAAACCCCGGCGCGGUACUCCCACUUCCCCAGCUGUAUGUAGGCCAUGGGGUGGGCUGCCGCCAGGUAGCGCUCCACACACAUGCAGGCCAGCAGGAGAGGACAUCCGAAGAUGUUGAGGGCGGAGAGGGCUUCGGCCGCCGUGAGCAUCUGUUGGGACGCGUCGUGGUGCGUGGCAGUGUAGAUGUCCAUGGGCAGGCUGAGGCAGUAGAGGAUGUCCAGGAUGGACAGGUUGAGGCCCAGGACCUUGGAGGCUGAUAGGGCCUUCUUGCUGCUCAUCAACAGCCACAGCAGGCCCAUGUUGGCUGGGAGACCUGUCAGCAGGGUGAAGAUCUUGAUGCUCAACCACACAAUAGAAUCGGCAAGCAAAGAUAUAAGCUUUGCCUGGGGCAAGGGAGUGGACGUGCGCGUGACGAACCGCCUGCGGGUCCCGCUGACACCGGACAACUUGCAGUCGCUUUCCUUCAGCAUUCCGGGCCUUCACACGCGACUCAACACCCCACUGGAACAUGUAGGCCUGUUUCACUAUGGCCAUUUACUGGUGUACAACCUGCCAUCGGUGCCUGCCGACAAACCAGACAAAGACAGUGGGGUUUCCCUCGCUCCUCCAUUGAGCUGCUUUUAUUUGGGAGAGGACGGUGGAGAGGUACAGGGCUCAGCACGAGAUGAUGCGCCCGCGGGGAUUGUCUCAAACUCUGUCUUGCCGGAGGGUGACUGCUUGUAUUCAGCAGGACAACCUGAAGAUUCUCCAGUAAUAGACUCUCCAGAUUUGAGAGGCAGUGACGAGCAGUCUCUGUGCAGCGGUUCAGAGAACUUCUACACAUGUCCAUCUGCAGCCUCUCAGGACUCCGUUCCGUCCCCUUGGAGUGCUCAUUGGGCGUCAGCCGCCAUGUCCCCGCAUUAUGGGUCAGGGUCAUCAACAAACCUGCCUAGCUCCACACCGACCAGCGAAGAUCAUAGUGACAGUAAUGAGCUGUUGUCGGUGGAGUUCAAAGGGCGGCGCUACAUGCGUGUCCUGUCCCGGGUCAAGCCUAGGACAGAUGAAGACGUGGAGGCCAGUUGGACGGUGACAGACUUCACGAAGCACGGGGAGCCCGUGUUCUCUCUGCGGCUUGACUUCAUGCGGCCCCGACCACCCUUACCCCGGUGGAUGGAGGGCAUAGCAGAGAGGUACUGGUGAUGAUGAUGGGCUUGACAAGAGCUGGACAGUACAUGCCCAUUUUUUACUGAUCUGCCUCCAAUGUUGAGAAGCAUCUGACCAAUUCCCACUGUCAAAUAAACAAACUACAAUUAAACCUAUGGUUGUGUUAUUUAUCAAACAAUUCAAUGCAAGUGUCAGCAUAAUGUCAAAUAGAAUAGAAUAUCACUUUAUUAUUCAUCAGGCCAAAUCAUUGAGGCUGCGAUCAUUAAAUGUCAAGUUGAAUUGACAGCCUAGGCUACCUGACUCUAUCCUGUAGGCCUACUCUCCUCUCUCUCACUCAAAACAUCCCCC